UUUCUCUCAUUGCGCAAGGAUUUACAGCCUUCAGACCAGAUUCGAUAUGUCUGCAUGUGCUACUUAAUCGUCACCUUGUCUGCAAUCACAAAGCUUCAUCCCGACCCCAUAUAAUGCCCUAUCUGCUAUUCUUUGCGCUCCUUCCCCGCCUCAUUACUGCUGGCUCAGUAUCCAAGGAGCAGUUAGACCCCGUUCGUCGGAACAGUUAUCCCAUCACUCCAGCCGUGGACGAGUCGCUCCUGGCCAUCCAGAUCGGAGGAAUUGUCGGUGCAUACGUGAUCUUCGUUGCCCUACUUCUUUCGCUGCUUCUCUUCGUGGGCCGCCGUCUGCGACGAGCUGUCCUCUCCUCCAACUACUCCCUCCACGUCGAGAUGAUGAAGCCCAUGAAGCCACCUCCCAGCAUGGACCCCAGUCCCGUCACCCCGAUCUCCGUCAACCUGCCCAGCCCGGGCCCUCGAAGCUUCAGCCGGUCCUGGAGCAGCCUCGGCAAGGGCCCUCGCUCCCACGCCUCAGAGACCACCACCAGCGUCGCCACGAUCGACGAAUCUGUCGUAGCAACUGACCGCCAGCGAGCCCAAGAGGAUCUGGAAAUGCUUUACGCCGCCGUGAUGGAGCACGACGCCCAGAAGGAAGCUGCCGCCGCAGCCCGGGGUGCCAACAAGGACUCCUCCGAUGGAGACGAAGCAGCAGAGAAAGAGAUUCCCUCUCCAGACAGCAUCCCCACAAAUCCAUUCGCAGAUCGCUCUUCACACGCCUCCUCCAACAACUCCCCACUGAGCCCUCGAUCCAGUGGCCGACUAUCCCGCAUCUCCUCCCUGUCGCUCUUCAACCUCAAGUCGCAGAACCAGCAGCAAUCAUCAAGCAGCAACAAUAGCAGCAAACUGCGCUCUCCACGACCAUUCCCUCUCCGCAAACUGUCCAUCUCCUCCCCUGUCGCCUCCCCAUCCUACCAUGCCGACCAACCCCCCUUAACCCCAAGACACUACAACCCCCCACCCCGACCCCCAGCACCUCCUCUCCCAGUAGCAACAACACCAAGACAAAACCAACAACCAUCUCUUCCUCAAAUCAACACCCAACCUCCUCCUCCCCUUCCAACCCCGCGUCUUGAACCACCGCGCGCCAAAGAAAGAUCUCCCCGCGGACCCGUUCCCCCACCCCUAACCCUAACCACUCCUACGGGCAGCAACACAGCCCACCAGCACGGACGCAGUCCAUCAUCAUCACUGCCCUUCCGGGACGCUUACCCGCUACAGAGCGCGCCGGCCACGAAGCUCACGGUUCUGGAGAGGCCUUUGAAGCAUAUGAAUGGGCCAAGGACGGGCGUGCCCACGCCAUAUAGUCCUUACAUGCCGUUCACGCCCGUGACGCCAUUGACGCCGAGCUCGAUGAUUACGAAGAGGCAGAGACGGCGCGCGGAGAAGGAGAGUGGGUUGAAGGUGUUGAAUGAGGAUGAUAUGGUUAGGGAUGAUGGGGAUAUGUGGGGGUAUUAAAGUUUUUCUAACUCUUCGAAUUUCAAAUUCCUAUCUGACACUCUGCUUUAUUUCACUAGGUAGUGGGUUAGAUCGGGUUGGGUUGAUGUGAGGCGAGAGUGAAUGGUGAUGAUAUUUCCGGGGAUUAUACUGCUUCCGUGGUUAUGUGAUAUGUGGUUAUGCUUGGUUUUAUGAAUAUACGAGUAUUUAUUCGAAUUAUGUUGAAUGGUCAUGUCUUUAAUGUCAAUUCAAUUCUAGAUUGGAGUAGAGUAGG